GUAUUCACAUCUUUUUUUAAUUCACCAUGAAGUGCUGUGGGAUGAAAUUACACCAUCGUCUGACUGAUCGUCCAGUAGUCUUUCUUUUGCUUGUUACUCUUUGUUGGCUUAUAUUCUCGGAAAAUAUCAGGCAAACUGAAGCUGGUAAAUUACUUGCAAUCAAAAAGUUGAAAAAGAUUCUUCCACUGUUAGCUUUAAUGCCAAAGAAGAAGACAAUUCUAUUACCACUUCCAAUACCAUUACCAUUGCCUUUACCAGUGUUGAAGUUCACUAAACAGAAAGAAAUGCCCGAUUUGAAAAGCUUGUUAGCCAAGUUUAUGGCAGCCAGUGGAGGUGGCUGGGGAAGCUCAGGUGGCGGUGGAUGGAGCGGAGGCUCAGGGAUGAUGAUGCCAAUGAUGAGCUCACACGAAAUGGAGGGCCAAAGUGGUGGAUACUCGUCUGGUGGUCAAUCGUCCGGUGGUUACUCAUCUGGUGGAUCCAUGGGCGGUUGGGCUUAACAGGUUGACACUUAUUUUUUUAAUAAUCAUAAUGAUGAAAGUUAUCAUUGUUUCAUCACUAAAUACAUGUAUGUAUUUACAUAUUCCUUCAACUAAAUUUAUGUACAAUCAAUUUGUUUACUCUGUUGGCUGGGCCACAAGAUUUGAAGAGAGUUUUGUUCUCACAAAAUAAGAUUCAACUCAUAAUUUUAAAUGUUCAUAUUGAAGAUAUUUUUGAUGAAUUUCGUGAGAAUAAAAUAUUUAUAUUUGUUGUUUUACUGUGAAUCAAUUUAAAUCACAUGUUUAUCAACUGCUUGAAAAGUGCGGUUUAGUAAAAGCUCCUCCUUUUACAUAUAAAUAUUGGCGGGAAAAGUGUAUCGUUUGUGUUUUUGUUUUGCUCAGCUUUUGCCAAUAGUAAUUCGGUUCUCAUUUAACGUUUUAUCCAUGGAUAAUCCUGAAGUGACUUUAGAAUCAGUGUUCAAUGAAAUUUCUCAGACGCUGAUAGGAGACUAUCGUUUCAACAGUAAGUUGGUUAAUGAGAGGGUUGCUCGUCUUGAAAAGUUUACCAGAAAGGUUGAUGAUGUCCUCUUCAGUUUUUUCAAGAAAUGUGUCGGAGAUUUUCUCGAAGAAGAGGAAAAAAUUUAUGAAGAGAUCAGUGGCAAUCUUGAUGAGGAUGAAUUACUUACAAAGCAAAUAAUUGAUCUAUCUAAUGAAAUUGAAGAUACAAUCGAUGACACUCGCAAAAUUAUUGAACAAUCCCACGAAUUGAGUCGAGAUAUUUUGACUAUUAAUAGCAGAACCCAAUCAUACAACCAGAUUCAACAGGUUAUCAGCAAAUUAAAAGAAACUAUGAAGCAAACCAAAGACAUGGUACCAGUGGACCAAGAAGCAGUUAUUAUUGACGCGUUAUAGAUACUAUUCAACACAGAGAGUAUAACUCUUUGAUUCAACAUCUAGUGAAAUAAUGACAAGGCUUAGAGAUAAAUUGAUUCCUACUAUGAACAUUUCUGUAUAGUUACUCUUUGAUGAAAUACUUGUAUAACUUUAAAAUACUCUUUUAAAAAUUAUAUUAACUGAUACUGUCUCCUCACAAGAAAAUUGGUGAGAAAUCAGGUAACUGAUAACAAGCCAGAUAUUUCUAUCAUUAAAAAGCAUAGCAAAGCAUUAAAAUAUGAUAAAUUUUCUCAUAUUAAAAGAUGAAUUUUGACAAGUUAA